AUGGCUCGAAAUUGGGAUGUUUAUCAAUUGCAUGUGAAAAAUGCUUUUUUACAUGGUAAUUUGAAGGAAACCGUAUAUAUGCACCAACCACCUGGUUUUUUAAGACUAGUUAUCCGGACCAAAAAGAGUGACAAUUCCUUAUUUAUCUACCAAAAACACCAUGAGACAACUUAUCUACUUCUAUAUGUCGAUGACAUAGUGUUAACUACGUCAUAUACAACACUCAAAACUUGGCUCCUCAGUGCUCUAAAACGGGAAUUCGACAUUACUGAUCUAGACCCACUAUCUUACUUCCUCAGGAUUGCUGUCACGCGCACCAAGAACACCAUGUUCUUAUCUCAAUGCAAAUACGUUGAAGAAAUCCUCGAAUGUGCCAACAUGGAAGCAUGCAAACCAGUCACCACUCCCGUUGACACUAAUUCCAAACUCAGUCUUCAUGACGGUGAUCCUGUGGCUGAUCCAUCCCUAUAUCGGAGUCUUGCGGGAGCUCUCCAAUACCUUACAUUCACACAUCCAGACAUAUCAUACGCCGUGCAACAAAUCUGCCUCUUUAUGCACGCUCCAAAAAUCAGUCACUUUAGUGCUUUAAAACGGAUAAUACGGUACAUCAAAGGCACCCCAGAUCAUGGUCUUACGUUAUUAUCCUCUCCAUCCACUCAGCUAGUGUCCUAUAUUGAUGCUGAUUGGGGCAGUUGCCCGGACACCCGCCGCUCUACAUCUGGAUAUUGCAUUUUUCUCGGUGACAAUCUCAUCUCAUGGUCUGCCAAGUGUCAAGCCACUCUUUCAAGGUCCAGUGCUGAAGCCGAAUACCGUGGUGUUGCAAAUGUAGUUACUGAAGUCUAUUGGCUUCACAACCUUCUUCUCGAGUUACAUGCACCCCUGAAACGUUCCGCAAUCGUCUAUUGUGACAAUGUAUAUGCUGUCUAUUUAUCCGGUAAUCCUGUGCAACACCAACGUACCAAACACAUUGAAAUGGAUAUACACUUUCUCCAUGAAAAGGUCACUAUUGGUAAAAUACGAGUUCUUCAUAUUCCAUCUACUUAUCAAUAUACUGACAUAUUUACUCAAGGCCUUCUGCGACAACUAUUUCUUGAUUUUAGAGACAGACUCAGUAUUCGUCUUCCUCCCGCUAAGACUGAGGGGGACUCUUAG